AUGCGCCGUAUGCUUGUGUAUUGCGUAGACUACACCACUGGUCACUUUAACUGGUUUAAGUUGAACUCCAUCUCCUCUCAGGGCUGGAAGUGGCACAGUCCGGCUUGUUACUGGGUGGGAGAAGAUCUGCUCACCUUCGACGAGGCCAGAAAAUCCUGUGAGGCGCACGAAGCCGCCCUUGUUACCAUUACCAACAGGUUCGAGCAGGCCUUCGCCAACAGCCUGGUGUUCGGUCACUCAAAAGAUUCGUUUUGGAUCGGGCUUCACAACCAGGACACUCACGGCUCCUUCCACUGGCUCAGCGGAGAUGAGGUGUCCUACACCAACUGGAAUCGAGACCAACCAGUGAGCGUCCGUGGCGGCUGCGUCGUCAUGGCAACAGGCUCCGCUACAGGUCUGUGGGAGGUGAAGGAGUGUUCGUCUGCGAAGGCGAAAUUUAUCUGCCGCCAGAACCAGGACACGUCCCUGGGCCCCGAGCCCCCCGUCCCUCAGCCCACCCCGAGCCUCAGCGGUUCCUGCCCCGUCAGCUGGAAGAGCAACAACAACCUGCACUACUGCUACAAGGUGUUUCACUCCUCCCAGCUGGAGCAGAAGCAGAGCUGGCUGCAGGCUCACCUGUUCUGCCGGAAACAUGGAGCCGACCUGCUGAGCAUCAGCAGCCCCCAGGAGGAGCAGUUCAUUCUGCAGAUCCUCCACGAGACCUUUGGGGAGUCCGAGGAGCACGAGCAGCACUGGUUUUGGAUCGGACUGAACCGCAGGAAUCCCAUGGACAACGGCAGCUGGAAGUGGAGCGACGGGCUGCCCCUAACGUACCAGAACUUUGGGCGGUACUACUACAACAUCCGGCAGUGUGCGGCUGCAGACCUGGGCACCAUGACCUGGCUGGCCAUGCACUGCGACUCCGACUUGGACUGGAUCUGCAAGAUUCCCAGAGGCACCAGUUCACCCGAGUGGAUCCCCUUCCAGGAGGCGGAGUACAAAUUUUUUGACCACCGCACCACCUGGGAUCAGGCCCAGAGGAUCUGCUCCUGGUUCGACUCCUCUCUCACCUCCGUCCACUCAGCGGAUGAACAGGCGUUCCUGGCGAACACGUUACGCAAGCUGGUGAAGACGGAGGGAGACAGCUGGUGGCUCGGGCUCCACACCUUUGAAAACGACGGGCGUUUCCGCUGGUCAGACCACUCUGUGCUCAAUUACGUCUCGUGGGCGCUCGGCAGGCCGCUCCCGCUCAGCCGCGACCGCAGAUGUGUGCACGUGUCUGCCAGCAAAGGUGACUGGGCCGAUCAGAAGUGUCACUCUGACCUGCCUUACAUCUGUAAGAGAGUGAACGUGACGGGGACCAUCCCUCCAACUCCAUCAGCCCCUCAUCCUCCAGCAGGCUGUCCAGACAAGUGGUCGUCUUUUCAGCAUAAGUGCUUCAGGGUGUUUGAUCAGUCCCCGCGGGUCACCUGGUCCGCAGCCAAGCUGAAGUGUGACUCCCAGAGAGGCGUGCUGGCGGUGGUCCCCAAUCAUCUGCUUCAAGCUUUCUUCACCACCCUGUUAAAGAAUGUCAGUGUCGACCUUUGGGUGGGGCUGACCUCCGACUCCAUCGGCCAUUUCCAGUGGGCCAAAUCUGGGCUGCUCAGCUACACCAACUGGGCUCCCGGAGAGCCGCUCGACAACAGCGGACCACAUCACAACAAAACGCCGGGAAACUGUGUGGUGAUGAUUCACGGAAACCCAGAGAAGAAAACGGGCAUGUGGGCCUCCCGGGCCUGCGAGAUGGAGAGCAACGGCUUCAUCUGUCAAAAGCAACAAGGUCCGAGACUCGAUCAAAGUCUGCCUCCGGCUCCGGCCCUCAUCCCCGCCUCCCUGUCGAAGCCCGUGGAGCUGGGCGGGGUGACGUACCGGGUCGUGAAGAAGCGCCUGGACUGGACCGGCGCCCUGUACCUCUGUGAAUCUUUGAACGGGACCCUGGCCACAGUGACGGACCCCUUCCAGCAGGCUUAUCUCUCGUUGCUUAUCAACAGCCUGCACCAGCCCGCCUGGAUCGCUCUCUACAACUACGGAGGACGGAGCUUCACCUGGUUAGGUGAUGAAGAGGUGAAAUACUCCAACUGGAAAGACGGAGAGCCCAAUCAGAUGGCUGGAUGUGGUCACAUGACCACCACAGGGCAGUGGACCAUGACUCCCUGUGAUGCUAAACUGGAGGCCGCGAUAUGUCAGAUUAAUGAUGAGCCUGUGAGUCAUCAGUGGAUCUACCCCGGACAGUGCCCCCACUCUGUGGGCAAGUGGGCCUGGGUGCCCUUCAGAAACCACUGCUACGCCUUCAACCUGCAGCUUCUCCGACUGCAGCAGGAUGCACGCACGUCCUGCAACAAAAUGGGAGCAGAGCUUCUGUCCAUCCUGGAUGAGGCAGAGAACGGUUUUAUUUGGGAGCACAUCCAGAGUUAUUCAGAGCAGGCGCGUGGAGCUUGGCUGGGCAUCAGCGUGAAAGGUAGAGGUCUCGUGUGGAACGAAGACACGGAGAUGACGUUCACCAACUGGGAGUCGCACAACGUGGCCUUCUCCGUGCUUUCCGCCAACUCCUGCUUCUGGAUCCAGAGCAACAGCGGCACGUGGAAGCCCGGCUCCUGCAGGAACCGAACGCACGGCGUGAUCUGCAAACGGCCUCGCAGUGCUGAAACGCCAUCUGGAACAAUGGAUCCUGACCACCUGCCCACUCUGAUCGUUGUCAUGGUGACGGCCUUGGUACUGGUCCUGCUGAUUGUGACCGUGAUCUACCUGUACCGCCGGCGGGCCAUAGGGUCGCAGGGCUCCUUCGAGGGCGCUCGGUACAGCCGCACCAACUCGAGCCUCGCCGAGGAGGCCGAGAAGAACAUCCUGGUGUCCGACAUGGAGCUGAACGAGCAGCCGGAGUAGCUCGGCCCGACCCGGACCGACCGACUGGACCCGACCUUG